UCGAGAUACCGAUACAAAAAUAUCGCUUGUUAAUGCACAGAUUGCAAAAUUUCUUAAUUAUUUUCAUCAAAAUUUCUUGUUAUUAAUUAAACUUAAUUCAAUUAAGCAAUAAUAAGAAAAUGAAGGGCGACAAGCCAUUUCCCCCAUUGAAAAAUGACAAUCUGCUGCGUGCCGCACGCGGUGAAGUGGUGGAUCGAGUCCCAGUUUGGGUUAUGCGACAAGCCGGACGCUAUUUGCCUGAAUUUCAGGAGCUGCGCAAGAAACAUGAUUUCUUUACCGUCUGCCGCACACCCGAGCUGGCCUGUGAGGUGACCAUGCAACCGCUGCGACGAUUCGAUCUGGAUGCCUCGAUUAUAUUCUCAGACAUUUUGGUUAUACCCCAGGCUCUGGGUUUGACAGUGGAAAUGCAUGCCGGUGUUGGUCCUGUGCUGCCACAGCCAAUCCGAACGCCCGAGGAUCUGAAGCGUUUGACUCCCGAUGGUGCUUUGUCUCGGCUGAUGUAUGUGGGCGAAGCCAUUACCAUGAUGCGACACAAAUUGGACGGUCGAGUGCCAUUGAUUGGCUUCACGGGAGCUCCGUGGACACUAUUGGGCUACAUGAUCGAGGGUGGUGGCAGUAAAACCAUGUCAAAGGCCAAAGCCUGGCUUAACGAGUAUCCAGAGGAUACGAAAUUGUUUCUUAAUCUAUUGACUGAUGCUAUAGUGGACUAUUUGGAGAUGCAAGUGCAGGCUGGUGCCCAAAUGUUGCAGAUCUUCGAAUCAUCCGCUGAGCAUUUAAGCAAAGAAGAAUUUCUCGAAUGGGCUGUGCCCUAUUUGCGGCGCAUACGCAAUGAGCUGGUUGAUCGUUUGACCAAAAAGGUUAUACCAUUGGUGCCGUUGACCCUAUUUGCCAAGGGUGCUGGCCACUCCUUGAAGGAGCAAAGUGAACUUGGCUAUGAUGUUAUUGGUCUCGAUUGGACAGUGGAUCCCAUUGAGGCCCGUAAAGAAGUCGGUCCCAAUAUCACAUUGCAGGGCAACUUAGAUCCCCAGGAUAUGUAUCGAGAUCCCGAAGAGUUGCGCACUUUAACCACUGAAAUGGUGCAUAAAUUUGGCAAAUCACGUUAUAUAGCCAAUUUGGGUCAUGGCAUUACACCGCAAACACCGAUCAAUAGCAUGGAGGUACUUGUAGAGGCCGUGCACAAGGCUCUUUAGAAGCACAUUUGGAGAUUUUCGUUAAGAAUGCAAAUGCCUUAUCAUUUUUGUAUGAGUGAAAAAUAAAGACAAACUAUUGGGUUUAGGGUUAGAAUCUUA